CACACACACACACAGUGUGUGUAUAUAUAUGUUUGUUUUCUUGCAAGUGUUUCUCUUUUCAGCAGAAAGCUUUCCGCAUGAUGAAUCUUUUUUGUGACUAGUGAAUCGUUCAAUGUGAUGAUAAAAGCAACUUUUGUAUGAAACUUUGCGCUUCAUUUAUCUGGUGAACAUAAACUAGUCUCUAAGAAGGUCCGAGAUAAACAAUGGCCAAUAAUCGAAGAAGGUCUAACGAGCAACCGCCUACUCGGCUGCUACACACUCAAUCAAUCGGCGGUAGUUCGAGUAUUGAACCUAUGAUGGAUAGCGAGGUGGUACCUUCAUCUCUUGUUCAAAUUGCACCUAUUCUUCGUGUUGCUAAUGAAGUUGAACCUACAAAUUCAAGAGUUGCCUACUUAUGUCGGUUCUAUGCCUUUGAGAAAGCCCACAAUCUAGAUCCAAAAUCAAGUGGACGUGGUGUUCGCCAGUUCAAAACUGCUCUACUUCAACGUCUACAGAGGGAAGACAAAACCACAUUAGAAGGACGAACACAGAGCGAUGCACGUGAAAUGCAGAGUUAUUAUCAAAAUUACUUCAUGAAAUACAUUCAAGCCUUGAAGGCCGAAAAAGCUGACCGUACUCGCCUUACAAAAGCUUAUCAGACUGCUGCUGUGCUGUUUGAGGUUUUAAAGGCUGUUAACUUCACAGAGUCUGUCGAGGUGGCAGAUGAGAUUUUGGAAGCUCACACUAAGAUUGCUGAGAAGACAGAGAUGUAUGUUCCUUAUAAUAUACUUCCACUUGAUCCAGAUAGUUCAAAUCAAGCUAUAAUGAGAUAUCCUGAGAUUCAAGCUUCUGUUACUGCACUGCGUAGUACCAGGGGACUUCCAUGGCCGAAAGGCUACAAGAAGAAAGUAAAUGAAGACAUUCUUGAUUGGCUACAGGCUAUGUUUGGUUUUCAGAAAGAUAAUGUCUCAAAUCAGAGAGAGCAUUUAAUCUUGUUGCUUGCAAAUGUUCACAUUCGCCGGUUCCCAAACCCUGAUCAACAACCUAAGCUGGAUGAUUGUGCGCUUACCGAAGUUAUGAAGAAACUUUUUAAGAAUUACAAAAAAUGGUGCAAAUAUUUGGGUCGCAAAAGUAGUCUUUGGUUGCCAAAUAUUCAACAAGAAGUGCAACAAAGAAAAUUAUUGUACAUGGGUCUAUAUCUUCUCAUAUGGGGUGAAGCUGCAAACUUGAGAUUUAUGCCAGAAUGCCUUUGCUAUAUAUAUCAUCACAUGGCAUUUGAAGUAUAUGCUAUUCUGGCUGGUAGUGUUAGUCCUUUGAAUGGUGAGAAUAUUAAACCUGCAUAUGGUGGUGAAAAAGAGGCAUUUUUGAAGAAAGUAGUGACUCCUAUUUAUGAUACAAUAGCACAGGAAGCUAGAAAAUGCAAAAGGGGAAAGACAAAACAUUCUCAAUGGAGAAACUAUGAUGAUCUAAAUGAAUACUUCUGGUCAGUUGACUGUUUUCGUUUGGGAUGGCCAAUGCGUGACAAAUCUGAUUUCUUUUGUCGGCCUGAUGAUGAUGAGAAAAAACCCGAUACAAGUGAUCAUUGGAUGGGAAAAAUCAACUUUGUUGAGAUAGAUUCAUUUUGGCAUAUCUUUAGGAGCUUCGAUAGAAUGUGGAGCUUUUUCAUUUUGUCUUUACAGGCAAUGAUUAUUAUAGCAUGGAAUGGAUCUGGUGAACUAAAUUCUAUCUUUGAUGGGGUUGUGUUCAAGAAAGUAUUAAGCAUUUUCAUAACUGCAGCAAUAUUGAAACUUGCACAUGCUGUCAUUGAUGUAUUUAUAAUGUGGAAUGCAAGAUUCUACAUGUCAUUCCAUGUGAAGCUUCGAUAUGUUUUGAAAGCUCUAACUGCAGGAGCUUGGGUGGUGAUUUUACCGAUAACAUAUUCGUAUAGUUGGAAAAAUCCAUCUGGAUUUGAAGAAACUAUUAAGAAUUGGUUUGGAAAUGGAGAAAGUUCACCUUCUAUGUUCAUCAUAGCAGUUGUUAUUUACCUAUUUCCAAAUAUACUUUCUGGAUUAUUAUUCCUCCUACCCUUUAUACGAAGAAAUCUAGAGAAAUCAGACUAUAAAAUUGUGAGGUUUGUGAUGUGGUGGUCUCAGCUUUCACUUUAUGUUGGGAGGGGAAUGCAUGAAGAUCCUCUCUCCCUUAUCAAGUACACUAUAUUUUGGGUUCUCCUUAUAGCUUCAAAGUUAGCUUUCAGUUACUACUUAGAGAUAAAGCCUCUAGUGGGUCCAACAAAAGCAAUUAUGCGACUUCACAUUAGACGUUAUGAAUGGCAUGAAUUCUUCCCUCAAGCUAACAGCAAUAUUGGCGUUGUCAUUACACUAUGGGCUCCUAUCAUUCUUGUCUAUUUUAUGGAUACUCAAAUAUGGUAUGCCAUCUUUUCCACAAUAUUUGGUGGAAUUUAUGGUGCAUUUCGGCGUCUUGGAGAGAUUCGAACUUUAGGGAUGUUGAGAAGCCGGUUUCAGUCACUGCCAGUUGCUUUCAAUGACUGCUUAAUUCCAGAAGAAAAUAACCAAAUGAUUGAGCAUAGGCUCACUGUUACUCCAUCCCAUAGAAUGACUAAGGAACCAACCAAUAAUAAAGAGGAGACAACAAGGUUUGCUCAUAUGUGGAAUAAAAUCAUUACAACUUUCAGGGAAGAAGAUUUGAUAAGCAACAGGGAAAUGGACCUUUUACUUAUGCCAUGUUGGGCUGAUUUUGACUUGAAUCUUAUUCGGUGGCCACCAUUUUUACUUGCUAGCAAGCUUCCAAUAGCCUUGGACAUGGCAAAAGACAGCAAUGGAAAUGACCGAUUACUACAAAAGAGGUUGAAUGCAGACAAUUAUAUGCUUUGUGCUGUUCAGGAAUGCUAUGUUUCAACCCAAAAUAUUUUAAAUUUUCUUGUUGAAGGGGGAACUGAAAAGGCAAUUAUGAAGGAGAUUUUUGAAAAAGUUGAUCAUCACAUUAAGGAGGGAGAUUUACUAAGUGUGUUUGAUAUGAGUUACUUGCCUAGCCUCACUAAUCAUUUCAUCCGGCUUAUUGAAUAUCUGAAAGAAAAUAAAGCAACUGACAGGGACGAGAUUGUCAUUGUGCUACUUAACAUGCUGGAGGUGGUAAACAUAGACAUCUUGGAUGAGCCAUUAUCUAGCAUGGUAGAAUCAAGCCAUAAGUAUUUCGCAGAUCUAAAUUUUCCUGUUAUAGGAGAGACUGAAGCUUGGAAAGAGAAAAUCAGAAGGCUUCAUUUGUUGCUUACAGAAAAAGAAUCUGCUAUGGAUGUUCCAUCAAACUUAGAAGCCAGAAGGCGUAUCUCUUUCUUCUCAAAUUCUUUGUUUAUGGAUAUGCCUAAGGCACCCAAAGUUCGAAAUAUGAUAUCUUUCUCGGUUUUGACUCCUUAUUAUAAUGAGGAUGUUCUUUUCUCUAUGGAUGCCUUGGAAAAGCCUAAUGAAGAUGGAGUUUCCAUUCUUUUCUACUUGCAAAAAAUCUUUCCAGAUGAGUGGAACAACUUUCUAGAGAGGGUGGAAUAUAGCAAUGAAGAAGAAAUGAAAGGAGAUUUAGAUUCAGAAGAAUUGUUGCGCCUUUGGGCUUCAUAUAGAGGCCAAACACUUACUAAGACUGUACGAGGCAUGAUGUACUAUCGACAAGCAUUGGAACUUCAAGCUUUCAUUGACAUGGCAAAUGAUGAUGAGUUAAUGAAAGGUUACAAUCCUGCGGAAUCUAACACGGAAGAAUAUUUAAGGAAUGAAAGAUCAACACUAGCACAAUGUCGAGCAGUUGCAGAUAUGAAGUUCACAUAUGUCAUCUCAUCUCAGCAAUAUGGAAUCCACAAAAGAUUAGGCGAUGCUCGUGCUCAUGACAUUUUGAGGCUUAUGACAACGUAUCCUUCUCUUCGAGUUGCCUAUAUUGAUGAGGUGGAAGAAACUAGCAUUGAUGAAUUAGAAAAUGUGGUUACCAAAGUUUCUUACUAUUCAGUUCUUGUGAAAGCUGUACCAAAGUCUGCUGAUGCCUCUGACCAAUUUCAGAGCUUAGAUCAGGUUAUAUAUCGUAUAAAACUUCCAGGAGCAGCCAUACUUGGUGAGGGAAAACCAGAGAAUCAAAAUCAUGCCAUCAUUUUCACACGUGGAGAAGGUCUACAGACAAUAGACAUGAACCAGGACAACUACAUGGAAGAAGCCUUUAAAAUGAGGAAUUUACUUCAAGAGUUUCUUAUCAAACAUGGAGUGAGAACUCCAACCAUACUUGGACUUAGGGAGCAUAUAUUCACUGGAAGUGUAUCUUCUCUUGCGUGGUUCAUGUCAAACCAGGAGACGAGUUUUGUAACAAUUGGACAACGAUUAUUGGCUAACCCAUUGAAGGUUAGAUUUCAUUAUGGGCAUCCUGAUGUGUUCGAAAGAUUAUUUCACUUAACUAGAGGAGGCAUCAGCAAAGCUUCAAAAAUCAUCAAUUUGAGCGAAGACAUAUUUGCAGGUUUCAAUUCCACACUACGUGGAGGAAACGUGACUCAUCAUGAAUACAUACAAGUUGGUAAAGGAAGAGAUGUGGGCCUCAACCAGAUCUCUUUAUUCGAGGCAAAAAUAGCACAAGGAAACGGUGAACAAACAAUGAGUCGUGAUAUAUACAGACUUGGACACCGUUUUGAUUUUUUUCGUAUGCUUUCAUGCUAUUUCACCACUAUCGGAUUCUACUUCAACACAUUGCUGACUGUGCUCAUUGUAUACGUAUUUCUCUAUGGUCGCCUCUACCUCGUACUAAGUGGACUUGAAAGAGAAUUAAACACAAAUAAAGCAAUCGCAAGAAACAAACCCCUUCACGUAGCUCUCGCAUCUCAAUCUUUCGUUCAAAUCGGAUUCCUCAUGGCACUCCCAAUGAUAAUGGAAAUUGGACUCGAAAGAGGAUUCCGAAGUGCAUUAACCGAUUUCGUCCUCAUGCAACUCCAAUUAGCUUCGGUUUUCUUCACAUUCUCUCUCGGAACAAAAACCCAUUACUACGGUCGCACUUUGCUUCACGGCGGCGCACAAUACCGCCCCACCGGCCGUGGAUUUGUAGUUUUUCACGCUAAAUUUUCCGAGAACUACCGGCUAUAUUCUCGUAGCCACUUUGUAAAAGGAAUCGAGCUUUUGAUAUUGCUUGUUGUGUAUGAGAUAUUUGGAGAAUCGUAUACAAGUUCGGUUGCGUAUAUGUUGAUUACAGUUUCGAUGUGGUUUAUGGUGGGAACAUGGCUUUUUGCUCCGUUUCUUUUCAAUCCUUCGGGGUUUGAGUGGCAGAAGAUUGUUGAUGAUUGGUCGGAUUGGAGUAAGUGGAUAAGUAAUCGAGGUGGAAUCGGUGUUUCCGGGGAUAAAAGUUGGGAAUCGUGGUGGGAGAAAGAGCAAGAUCAUCUUGUGUCUUCGGGGGUAAAGGGUAUUGUUAUAGAGAUUUUGUUGGCAGUUCGGUUUUUUAUUUAUCAGUUUGGACUUGUAUAUCAUCUCAACAUCACAAAGAGCAAAAGUUUUCUGGUUUAUGGAAUUUCGUGGCUUGUAAUCUUCGCAGGACUUCUUGUAAUGAAGGGGAUGGCAUAUUGUAGAAAGUCUCUUAGCAAUGACUAUCAGCUUGCAUUCCGAUUGAUCAAGGGAUUAAUUGCUAUAACUUUUUUUUCUAUACUAAUUACCAUAAUAGCACAACCUCAUAUGUCAAUAAAGGAUAUAAUUGUAUGUGUCCUCGCCUUAAUGCCUACGGGUUGGGGAAUGCUUCUGAUUGCACAAGCUUUGAAGCCAUUUUUGAAACAAACUGGAUUCUGGUCAUCUGUUAGAACAUUAGCACAAUAUUAUGAGAUAAUAAUGGGUUUGCUUUUAUUCACUCCAAUUGCCUUUUUGGCUUGGUUCCCAUUCGUGUCUGAAUUUCAGACACGAAUGCUGUUCAACCAAGCAUUUAGCAGAGGUUUACAAAUCUCUCGUAUUCUUGGUGGCGGCCAAAAGAAAAACCGAUCAUCCCGCAUCAAGGAGUGACUUUUUGUCCUUUAGCAUAACUAUUUUCCAUUCAUAUGUAUAUAUGUAUAAAUUUAUGUAUGUAUGUUAUCACAAGCAUGGGAUCAACAUACAUCUAUACAAACUAGUAAUGUGAAUUGAUUAUUUGUGUAGAAGAUGCAUCACCAUUAGGUAGUAAGAUGUAUAGUUUUAUUUACUUUUUCUAGGUGUGUUUUGUGAUCAUUUGACUACUAUUUAUUCAUAUUAAGGGUAGUGGAAGUCAUUUUGCAUCAUAUGUUUAAAUGUUUUUAAAAGUUGGUCCAAAAAGCUCAAGCAAAUUCUUUGGGUUGCAUUUAGGACAUUGGUCAAAGUGUUUGUGAAACUAAAAGUCUUCAUAACAACUUGCAACAAUAGGUCAAAUUACAAACUAGAGAAGCUAAAACACAAUCCGAGUUUAACUUUUAAUUGCAUUACAGAUGGGAAUAAAAUGAAACGUUAUUUAUUUUGAGAAAAUCAAACCGAAAAGACCAAAAACCCACGACACAAGGGAUCCUACGACCCAAAGCAGGAGGGCAAAAACGACAAUCCCAGCCAAAAUAGUAAGAAAAGGAGGUCCUUGGGCAUUUCCAGUGUCACUACUUGUAAUUGCUUCUGUCUUCCCAAUGGGUUCUUCUGAAGACUUGUUUGAUGCAUGCAGCAAAGGCAACUUUCUUUUUGUCAUCAAUUUUGCACCAUUUUUGAACCUG